AUGGAAGUAGAAGAGGACGCAGGUAAAGAUGAAAUGGGAGAUACGAUAAUGUGUGAAGAAUUUGACAGAGAAAUGAAAGACCUGAGUCGAAACAAGGUCCCGGGAGAAGACAACUUUCCAUUAGAACUACUGAUAGCCUUGGGAGAGCCUGCCCGACAAAGCUCUACCAUUAUCUGCAAAAUACUAACAAGAAUUCUUUACAGACGAAUGGAAAAACUGGUAGAAGCCUACCUUGGGGAAAAUUGGUUCGGAUUCUGUAGAAACGUACGACUUAUCUUAGAAGAACGAUUAAGGGAAGGUAAACCUACGUUUCUAGCAUUUGUAGACUUAGAGAAAGCUUUUGACAAUUUUAAGUUUAAUACUCUCUUUCAAGUUCUGAAGGUUGAGUGGGGUCAUAUACAAGGAGCGAAAGGCUAUUUACAAUUUGUACAGAAAUGA